GGUGCUUAAAACGGCAUUCAGGCGCCUAGAGCCCUUUGUGAGUCAAGCCCUGAGCUGCGGCGUGUGCCCUGCAGCGUAAUGCCUAAAAUCCGUCUCCCUGCGUUUUCUCUCUCUCCCUCCGGCCCCCGGGCUUUGGCCUUCCCUCCGCAGGGCCCCCUCCGGGAGACAUGCCCAACGGCACCGUCGUGACCGAGUUCCUGCUCCAGGGCUUCUCCGACGGGUGGGACCAGCAGAUUCUGCUCUUCGUGCUGUUCCUGGGGCUUUACCUGGCUGCCCUGGUGGGGAACCUGCUCAUCCUCGCGGCCGUAGCCUUCAACCGCCGGCUCCACACCCCCAUGUACUUCUUCCUGGGGAACCUGUCCCUCCUCGACCUCUGCUACGUCUCUGUCACCGUCCCCAAGGCCAUGGCGGGCGCCCUCACCAGCAGCAGACGCAUCUCGUUCUCCGCCUGCGCCGCCCAGGUCUUCCUGGUGGUAACGUGCGCCGUGGCGGAGCUGGCCCUGCUCACGGUGAUGGCCUUCGACCGCUACGUGGCCAUCUGCCACCCGCUGCACUACACGAUGACCAUGAGCAGAGGCGCCUGUGUCCGGCUGGCGGCAGGUUCCUGGAUCGGCAGCGCCGUCUGCUCCGCAUUGCACACGGCCAACACCUUCCGGCUGCCCUUCUGCGGGUCCAACGUCGUGGCUCAGUUUUUCUGCGCGAUCCCGCAGCUGCUGAGGCUCUCCUGCUCCGAGACACGCGCCAACGAGCUCGUCAUGAUCGCCCUCGGCUCGCUGCUGGACGGGUUCUGCUUCGCCCUGAUCAUCGCGUCCUACGGCUGCAUCUUUUCCACCGUGAUGAGGAUCCCCUCGGAGCAGGGCCGGUACAAAGUCUUCUCCACCUGCCUCCCCCAUCUGCUCGUGUUCGGUUUGUUCAUCGGCACAGCAUCGUUUACCUACAUGCAGCCCACGUCGACGUCUUCCCCCGCCCUGGACCGCCUGGCCACGGUGCUGUACUGCCUGGUGCCCCCGCUCAUGAAUCCGAUCAUCUACAGCCUCAGGAACUCGGAGGUGAAAGCCUGUCUGUGGACGAUGCUGGGUGGCAGACUCUUCCCCACGAAGGACAGCUUCCUCCCGCGAAACCCGUAAGUCUGCAGACGUGGGCGGUGCCCAUGAGCGCUCACGAUCCCAGCUACGGGGUUUGCUCGGCUCGGAGGC